ACUUCUCGUGCUCUGAGAGGACACAGGUGUCGCGCACGUGAGGAGGAUCACUACAGAGGUAACUUUGAAACGGCGCGCUUUUUUUUUUUUUACAUACUUGGCAUAGCCUUAGUCCUGUGGAUUUUCAACUUGUGACAUUUUCAAUUCAGACUAAUUUAUGCUAAGUCCAAUGUGACACUACACGAACAACAGUAUAAGUAAACUAAAGCAAAGGCAGAGUGGUGAAUGAUAGCUCUUUUGUUUAAAGGAAGCUUUGAAGCUUCCUUCUGACUGGCACUGCAUAGAAUUUCAAAAGGAGAAAUAAAAAUUGCUCAAGCCAUGCCUCGGCCAGGCAAGAACUCCUACAGUGACCAAAAGCCUCCGUACUCCUACAUCUCUCUGACUGCGAUGGCCAUCCAGAGCUCCUCUGAGAAGAUGCUCCCCCUCAGCGACAUCUACAAAUUCAUCAUGGACCGUUUCCCGUAUUACCGCGAGAACACUCAGCGCUGGCAAAACUCACUCCGACACAACCUGUCAUUCAACGACUGCUUCAUUAAGAUCCCUCGACGCCCCGACCAGCCGGGUAAGGGCAGCUUCUGGGCCCUGCAUCCAGACUGUGGAGACAUGUUUGAGAACGGAAGCUUCUUACGCCGCCGAAAACGAUUUAAGCUCCUGCGGGUGGAGCAUUCGGCUUGCAAGAGUGCCCCCGUGCUCCAUUCCUACCAUUCUCACCACCAUGCACAACAUUCCUUACAUCAGUCCCACCACCAUUCAGGCAAACUGGGCAUGGGCCAUCCAGAGUACCUGGGCACAAUGGGCCGCCUCUCACACUUCCAGAGCUAUACGCUCAGUGGUGGGCAGAGCGGUGGCUUUAAGCACCCCUUUGCCAUCGAGAGCCUGAUUGGGCGAGACUAUAAAGGAGUGAUGGCCGGUGGCUUGCCCAUUGCCUCGGUUAUGCAUCACCUUGGCUAUCCAAUCCCCACUCAGCUCGGUGGCAUGGUCAACUCCGUGUGGCCACAUGUUGGCAUGCUGUCCGAAUCAGUUCCAGUUUCAUCAGACUACCCACCAUUUAGUGUGGCAGUGAAGGGGCUGUACCAUCACCCAGUGACCCAGAGCAUGCCUGCCGUACCCGUGCCCAUUAAACCCACUCCAACUCUAGGAGCAGUUCCAUCAUUGACUGGCAUGACGUCGGGAGUUACGCAGCUAUGCCCGAGAACAACAGCCCUGAUGGACAGAGAAACAACAGCUCUUACAGAGGAAAAGAGUGCAGCUCUACACCCCUCUUUUCUGCAGUCCUGAAGCCGAAAAAAAGACAUUCAGAAGUGAUGGUAUGUAGAGCAUGCUUUGGGGACAGCUGUGGACUCUGUCAAUCUGACUUCUGAGUUUCAAAAAAAUUUCACUUGCCAACCUUUUCCAUGGUAGUCCGUUGGGAGAGGAUGCAAUUAACAGCACUUGACUGCUUGAUUUCUGUAUUGUACUUUCAGAACUAUUAAAGAUGUGUGUAUAUCAGACUAGUGCAGAGUGCAGAUUGUAUUGUAAUUUGCCUCUGCAAUUUUGCAGUUUUCUGCUUUAUGUAGAAUAAGGUAUGUGUUGUAACAGCCAUGUUUUAUUUAGGUUAAUUCUAGACAUAAUACUGUGAAUACAAUAAUUUUUUUUUUAUGUCUUUCAUCAAGACUAGGUGUAAAAGUUUUUUAUGGUGAACUGUACAAAGGACUGAAAAAGCAAAAAAUCUUAAAGUGCUCCCCACACUAUACGAGCUGUACAUAUCAAUUUUUUUUUAAACAUUUCAAAGUUAAGUCUCAGAAAAGUUACUACUACACAGACUGUAUAAAUUCAAUAAUAAAAAAUACUGUUUUCCACAUACUGUGACAUGCCUUGCAUGCAUGUGUGUCACCGUUAAAACAGUGAAGUGGAUUACCGUGUAUCGGAGAGAAAGUCUGUCAUAAAAUAACCCAAAGUGAAAUGUGCAAAUUUAUUGUAAUAAUGUAAAAUAGAAAAUGAAUUUAUGUUAAAAUGUUGUUAUAUAUUAUUAUAUGUGUUAUGUAAAUAUAUUUAGAAUAUUAUCACUUACAGUAUUGGAAAUGCACUUGUGGUAUUUACUAACAAAACAUUUAAAUAUUUUAUGAAAGCAGAAACAAUCAAAUGUACAAUUAUAGUGAUUACAGAAAUAUCAGGCCUUAAGUGUGCUGUUUUAAAGUGGCAUGACAGGAAAAAUCUAACAAAACAACAACAACGGAAUGCAGGCGUUUUGUGAUAAAAAUGCAGUAUUAUUGUGUAAGAUUUGUAAAUUAAAUAUUUUUAGAGUAAAAUCAGAUU